CUGCGCCACUCCCAUCGCUCUCCCGGUUGCAUUCGCCCCAAUCCAGACGGCCUCCCUCCAUUAAAACCUCCUCCUCCACCAGCACCACCACCCCAAUUCCACACCCGCACGCCUGGUGCUUGCGCUAGUGCUGCUGCCCCGCUUGUGCUGGUAGCCAUGGGGACGUCGGGGUCCAAGAGCAUCGACGGCCUCGGCGCCGAGGCGGCGGGCGGCGGCGGGGAAGCGGGCGAGGGCGGCGCCGCCGCGGAGGCGUGGCACGGCGGGGCGCAGCUCUACGUGUCGCUCAGGAUGGAGAACGCGCGGAUCAGCGGCGACCUCGUCCCGCACGUCUUCGGCUCCGAGCCCAUCAUCGGCUCCUGGGACCCCGCCCGCGCCCUCGCGAUGGAGAGGGAGCUCGCGUCCAUGUGGCAGCUCAGCUUCGUCGUGCCACCGGAUCAUGAAACGUUGGGCUUCAAAUUCUUGCUGAAGCCCAAAGAAGCAGCAACCCCGUGCAUCAUUGAGGAAGGCCCGACACGCCUCCUCACUGGAGGCAUGCUCGAGGGUGAUGUGAGGGUAGCACUUUUCAAGCUCAAUGGGGAUGACGAGGUGCUCGAGUUCAGGGUGCUCAACAAGGCGGACAUCGUGUCGCCGCUCGAACUCGCCGCGAGCUGGAGGGUGUACAAGGAAAAUUUUCAGCCUUCCAGAGUCCGGGGAAUCCCUGACGUUAGUAUCAAUGUUGCACCCACUCAUGGAACUGAGGAAGGAUCAGCGGCUACUUUGGAACUUGACCUGGAGCAUUAUGUUGUUCCGACCCCAACUGCACCGCCAAAUGACUAUGCUGCAAACCUUGCUGCAACUCCAGCUUCCUUGAUUCACACUGGUGCAUUGUGGACAAAUGAUACGCUUCUUAGUGAUGGGAUUCAGAGUUCAAGUAGUGUUUCUGCAGGUCCAAGUAAUGUUUCUGCGGAUUUUGAUGGUCAUAGUAACCACAAAAAGAAUAUUGGGCCCUGGGCAACAGAUUCUUCUAAGAAAAUGCAAACUUCUGGCCUCAUUGAGUCAAAAUCAGUUGGCACCUUUACACCACUGCAAAAGCCAGAUGGUCAAAAGGGCCUGUUCAUUGACAGGGGUGUUGGCUCUCCUAAGCUUCCAAAAUCAACCAGCGCAGGCUCCCUGGCAUCUGGGCUUAGUUUUGGAUCAGCAAAGACCAUGCCAGAAGCAGCAGGAGCUGUUGCAGCUGCAGCUGUAGCUGAUCGCUUGCAUGGGUCAAAGGAGGACGGGAAGCUUGCCAUUGUUUUGGUUGGCUUGCCAGCUCGUGGUAAAACCUUCACUGCGGUUAAGCUUACAAGAUACCUUCGUUGGUUAGGUCAUGAAACUAGACAUUUCAAUGUUGGGAAGUAUCGCCGUCUGAAGCAUGGAGCAAAUCUGGCUGCAGAUUUUUUCCGUGAUGAUAAUCCUGAAGGUAUUGAGGCACGUAAUGAGGUGGCUGCUUUGGCAAUGGAGGACAUGAUAGACUGGAUGCAUGGUGGAGGUCAGGUUGGUAUAUUUGAUGCAACCAACAGCACAAGAAAACGAAGAUGUAUGCUAAUGGAAAUGGCUGAAGGUAAUUGUAAGAUUAUAUUUUUGGAGACAAUAUGCAAUGAUCCCAGCAUAAUCGAAAGAAAUAUACGGCUGAAGAUACAACAAAGUCCUGACUAUGCGGACCAGCCAGAUUAUGAAGCUGGACUGCAGGACUUCAAGGAACGUUUGAUGAAUUAUGAGAAGGUCUAUGAGCCAGUGGGGGAAGGUUCUUACAUCAAAAUGAUUGACAUGGUAAAGGGGCAGGGUGGUCAGUUACAGGUAAAUAAUAUCAGUGGUUAUCUUCCUGGGCGGAUUGUCUUUUUCUUGGUGAACUCUCAUCUUACACCACGGCCUAUUUUGCUUACCAGGCAUGGUGAGAGUUUACAUAAUGUUAGAGGAAGAGUUGGUGGUGAUACAGUCCUAAGUGAAGCAGGAGAGCUUUAUUCAAAGAAAUUAGCAAACUUUAUAGAAAAGCGUCUCAAAUCUGAGAAAACGGCAACUAUAUGGACCAGCACCCUUCAGAGAACAAUUUUGACAGCAAGUCCAAUAGUUGGAUUCCCAAAGAUACAAUGGCGUGCUCUUGAUGAGAUCAAUUCUGGAGUUUGUGAUGGGAUGACGUAUGAAGAGAUAAAGAAAACUAUGCCUGAGGAGUUUGAGUCACGCAGGAAGGACAAGCUUAGAUAUCGCUACCCCCGUGGAGAGUCUUACCUCGACGUAAUACAGAGGUUGGAACCUGUCAUCAUAGAGCUAGAACGCCAGCGGGCACCAGUGGUCGUCAUAUCCCACCAGGCUGUCUUGCGAGCACUGUACGCAUAUUUCGCUGACAGGCCUCUGAGAGAAGUUCCAGACAUAGAGAUGCCACUACAUACCAUAAUCGAGAUACAAAUGGGAGUCACCGGUGUUGAAGAGAAGAGGUACAAGCUCAUGGACUGAAUACACAGGCAGGAAGCUGGGUGCUUCGGAUACAUGCAGCAAAUAGAGACACCACAAAUACUCGACUACAGAUACCGAUUCUUAUCUUUCACCGGAAGAUACAAAACCAACUCCAUUGUAAAUGUACUGAAAUACUUAUUUCAUCAUUGUAAAGGAAAAGAUGUUGCUAAUAAGGAACUGUAAAAAUAACACGCUUACUGCCACAAAUAAGGAAUGCAGACAUACUUGAAAGGAACAAUUCCAGUCCCCGUUCAUAA